UGAGAAACACGACCCAACUUUUGCUGCUGCAUUCCUCCACCAGUUGUAGACUUUCACACGAACCCUUGUUUCAUAGCCAGCUCAGCCACGUGUGGAGCCCAUUCCAACGGAACUUGAUGAGGUGAAAGUUCUGGACGGUGUAGUGGCGGCCCCCCCUCAUAUGCCGCUAGUAUUAUUCACGUAAUAAGUGAUUUGUUUGGUGCGUCUGGUUUGCUCUGCGGAAAAAAGUCGGACAGGGAAAAGGCCCUGGAAGGAAGAGUUGUUUGGCUGGUUGGCCUUUUUUAUUCGUCGUUGGACCCCGUUACUCGUUCACUUGCAGUCAUGAAGUGUGACAAGCAGGACGUUCCCGGAAGAUUCGUCCCUGCUAGAUGCAUCAGGACAAGCGAUUCCCUACGACGACCUACGCCGACAGGAUGCCCGCGACGGUGUUGAACUCCAACAUGUGUGCCGAUUACCUCUUUUACGUGAGUCGGGCGGACAUCUUCUCCGUCUACCCGACCAUCUUGCGGGAGAUUCUCGUUCUCGAGGAGGUCCUGCGGGCGAAGAAAAUGUGUGUGUUUGGCCAGACGUUGGCACCGGCCGAUAAGGUGUCGCUGCAUUUGCCCAGUGAGUUUGAGUGGCAGCUGAAGCAGUACUUUCGGCUGUUGGAGCAGCAGAAGAAGAUCAACGCAGCGGAGGAGCGGGGAAUCCAGCUUAAAACCUCCAUGGACCUCAAGGAAACCACCAUCUGGGAGUCCAAAGCCAAGUCCAUCGACGAGGUGUCCCCGUUUUCGUCCCCAUCCCCGGGGGAUUCGGCCGCGUUCCGACGUAAGCGCCGUCGCUGCUUCCCGGACAAUCCGAUUGAUUUUUGCAACAUCGAAGAGUACAACCAGUGGCGGCUGGAGGACAUUGCCCGGGCUGGAAUGCUUCUUGGGAAGCCCCCGCGGGACGUUUCCUUCGACGACGAGUUCGAGAUGCGCAAGGUUUAUUCGAUGAUAUACGACGUGUUUCGGUUUAAACUUGUACUGCAACAGGCAUUGAAGAAUAUACACUUUUAUGAAUGUUAUCCUCAGCUAAAACAUGAAACGACCCGCGUGUGGCUCAUCCUGUACGACAUGUACCUUCGAAAGUUUGCAAAACGUGAACCUGAGCAAGUUGUCAUCAAAAAUAUGAUUUUCAAGGAUGCAGAGUUGUUAGAAAUCGAACGCUGUCUGGAGGGAAAUAGCGUCAAGAUUGCUGCUGCGCUGACUCGCAUCCGCAUUCAGAAUAGCGCAUACAGCUUGAUCACGCUGCUUCCGCCCCACCUUCAGGACGACAAGGUGGCCGUUGUGGUAUCGAAUCCCAUCAUAACGGGGUGGAUCAACACAUUUCGGGUGAAGAACAAACGGCUGGCCAAUGAGCGGCUCAAGAGCUUGGGGUAUGAGGUCAUUGAAGAGCCGGUGGUUUCGAACUCGAGUUUGUUAAAUCUGUUCAACCCCAAGGAGAAGCUUUACACUCCGCUGUCGGUGGGAAGGUUCAAAUGGGACAAGUUGUGCCAGCAGGUUAUCACCAUUUAUCCGGAGAACCGAACGGAGUUUAUUCGGUCGGAGAUAUUCCAGGAGCACGAGAUGGUCAUUCAGGAUCGGUCGUUCAUGAUCGGACCGUCGAUGUUCGUCAAUCUGCUGGAUUUGUACGAGUUGAAUGGGGACGUAGUUCAGACGCACAUUUCUUCGCCAAGAUCAACGGCAUACUUGGCCUCGCUGUUGGCGAAUAGUAAACGAUGCAGGAACUUUAUAGCGUUCGGUUGUGGCAGCAAGUUGAACGCCUAUCGACAGUUUAUGGCGGAUUUGGGGGUGAACAACGUAAAGCUGUACGCGGAAAGCUUCGUGGAUGUUAAAGAAGGAGCCCACAUUGUCGACAAGGUGGUCGGGAUCUUCGCGAAUCCUCCGAGCUCGUACUCGGCGGUGAGCGAUCCGAUCGAUUUAAUUUGUAGUCGCGGAGGUGACCUUUCGAUGCUGGAGAUUUUGUCCGAAUCGGAGAUGACUGACGAGAGUCGGAAGAGGGUGUCGAAGCUGCUUGAGGAACAGCGUGAAACGUUGAAGUACUGCAUGUCCAGGCCACAGAUUCAGUUCAUACUGUAUCAGACGCACUCGAUCGUGCCGACCGAGAAUGAGGUUAUGGUUGAGAAGGUGAUCGAGUACAUUAAUCAGAAGGCUUACGACGUGCACUAUCAGGCCGCUAAGGAACGAGAGCAGGCAGCGUUGGCUGAGGCAGCUGGAAAUUUGAUUGUGAACAGGUUGAUGAUGGGACGACAGGACACGAGCAAGAAGCCGGAGGAACCUGUUGACAACGAGACGGACGCCGAUGGAGAAUCUCGAAAGGCUUCUGAAGAAGAUGUGGAAGUUCCCUUGAGUGAUCAAUUCGAGAUGGCUGAAUUACCGGACUUUUGUCCCAAUAAAGACGGUUGUCUAGAUUUUGAUGAAGACGGACUUUAUUUAUCGCUGAUUAAACGCAAGGAGGUAAUCCGGUUAGACUCCAAAUACUUGAUCAAGAUCGCAGAAGUUCGAGGCAUCUUCGGCGAUACCAAUGGCAAAUCCUCCAGAACGAACGUCAAGACGGUCAAGCGGUCGGAGAAAAAAUCAGAAGAGCAUGAAGCGGCUGACUUUGCCGCAGGCAAGCGACGACUCAAACGUCGCAGCAGUAACAUCGACUCCCUAAUCUCAAGACUCAACACCCCCACCCAAGCAUCGAUAAAGCGCGGUCAUCACCACCGGAUGUCCUCGGUCGAGCACAAGUUUAUGUUCUUCGACCCGUACCAAGAGUGGUGCCCUAAAUACGCAGCCGUUCGCAGCGAGAACAACCUGUCCGUUCUGGGAAGUGACGACAAGCUUUCGCUAGUGUCGGUCGAUACUUCGACGACGCCACGUGCUCGGAUCUGGUGGCGGGAUACGAUCGAGUACGUGCGGAAUCAGCUGCGGCUGAAGAAGGAAGCUCCGUGCAGCGGACUUGCGCCGUUCGUGUUGAAGCGGCAGACCGUACAGGACGAGGCGGAAUGUUCGCGAAGGUUUCGCGGAUCACGGCACAAGCGAACGCCGUACCCGUUACCGGUUAGAAUUCUGGAGUUUCGACAGUACAAUUCUGAUAACAGCUUGUUGUACAGCAGCAAUCGAGCCGGUCGAACGCCCAUCAAGAAUACGAGGCUGAGUCGACAGAACGCUAUCUCAAGUGGAUUUGGAAGAAGAGUGCGAGUACGGUCGUCGCAGUCGUGUUAAAAAAGUAGG